UCUUGCAACGGCGCCGGCGUGUGUGACCAUGGUGGCGGCGACGAUCACGAAGACGGCCCGUGGAACGCACGUCCUGGACAUCCACGGCUUCAGCGGUCUGAGGAAGAAACAAUGUGACGUAGAUGGCUUUCUGUACUCGCCGACCUUCACCGUCAGCGGCCUCGACUGGGCCGUCCGCUACUACCCCGACGGCGAUAACCACCAUGCCGGCGGCAAUUCGGAGUCGUCGGACCACGUUGCCGCCUUCGUCGAGCUGGUGACCGAGGGCGCUGCGGCCUGGGCGCGCGUCGGGUUCGGGCUGGUCGACCAGACCACCGGCGAGACGGUGCCGUUGUUCCGCGAGAAGGACCCGAUCCUGUUCGACGCCAGCAGCGAGGACACGUGCACCUGGGGCACCGGCGAGCUUGUCAGGAGGAGCCACCUCCAUGCCGGCUCGCGGUACGUCCUCGGUGACCGCCUCAAGAUCGAGUGCGCCAUCGACGUCUGCAGCGACCUCCUCACUUUCGACGACCCGCCACCGUCCUCCGGCCUGCCGCUCUUCCAGCAAGCCGGCUACGGCAAGCAGGAACCGGACGUGAUCAUCGAAGUCGCAGGAGAGACGAUCGCCGCGCACUACUGCAUCCUCGACGCCCGGGCGCCGGGCUUUCUCAAGCGCCACAUCCACACGGCGACGACGCGCAGCGACAGGAAGGUACAGAUCUCCGUGGACGGCGGAGGCAUGCCGGCACAGUCGUUCAAGGCGCUGGUCGACUUCGCCUACACGGACGCGCUGCCGGUCGUGGGUGGCCUUAAUGGCGCCGGCCACAAGGCGAUGAUCCGGCACCUCCUUAUCGCCGCCGAGCGGUACGGCAUGGGCAGGCUGAGGGCGAUCUGCGAGCGUGUCCUGUGCAAGAGCCUCGACGCCGAGACCGUGGCAGCCACGCUGGACAUGGCUGACCGACACGGCUUCAAGAAGCUGAGUGAAGCUUGCGCCGAGUUCAUGGCUUGUCCCUGACAUCCGCCUUCUCCUGUCCUUUCCUGCUCUGAGAAGAAGAAGCAAGGAAGGUAGCAGCCGUUCCAAAGAGGUGAAAAACAAAGAUGUUUAGGUGAUAUACAAAUGCAACACUGCGACAUGACCUUUAUUUGCACCAGCAAGAUACCAGAUUGUGUUCCUAAAUACAGUAUUAAUUUGAGUAAUUUGUUUGAUUGUGGCUGGAAAGGGGUAGUGAUGCUACAGGUUUACGGACUGGGAGUUACGGUGACACAUCACACAUGUGAUUGAAAACCUUGCCUCAAAAUCUGAUUGAAAACCACAUGUUCGAAGGGGUUUCUUGCAUAA